AUGGGGUGGUAUGGCGGUUCCGGCAACCCAAGCUGGUUUGGUGACUACGUUGGCUUUGGAAACAACGGUUGGUAUGGUGGUUCCGGCAACCCAGGCUGGUUUGGUGGUCCCGGUGGCUAUGGCGGUUUCGGCAACCCAGGAUGGUUUGGUGGGUCCGGUAGCUAUAACCCAGGAUGGUUUGGUGGCCAAAACAACGGUUGGUAUGGCGGUUCCGGCUACCCAGGCUGGUUUGGUGGUUCCGGUGGAUAUGGCGGUUUCGGAAACCCAGGCUGGUUUGGUGGUUCCGGUGGCUAUGGCGGUUUCGGCAACCCAGGCUGGUAUGGCGGCUCCAGCGGCUGGUACAAUGGCGGCGGUUUCCCAGGUUUUGGCAACCAAGGCUGGUAUGGCGGUUCCGGUGGUUCCAGCUUCCCCGGCAUGUACGGCGGAGGUAUCACCCCUCGUGUCCCAGUUCAAGCUGUUUGA